AUGGUCUCGAACUCCUUGUCACUCACUGUGACGGUGAAAAACUUUGCCUUUUCGACUCACAUCAAGGCUUAUAUCCAAUCACAAAGCCCCUCUUUUCACAAGGACUACCUGCCCCCAGGAUACCCUAGGGACUUAUCGGCCAGUGCAAAGGUUCUCAAGCUGAUGAGGAGCCUCUUGAAGAAGGAAAAAUGCCUUUUGCGCACACUGCUCCUUCAUAACAUCAAGGAGCAAAAUCCUAGGCCCAUCGACGGGGCCGUUCCAGAUCUGGAUGGCCUAGUUUUAAUUAUUGAUACAUAUAUGGCCGCUCGCAAGCAGGUCAGGCCGGUAGCGGAUAUCCUUCAAAGUUACCUGGCAAGUGUCAGGACUAGGCUGGCAUUUUUACGACUCUACAUUGUUGUCCAUCUUAUUCAUUGCGACCCCAAGGAAAAUAUAUCUCAAUGGGAGUUGAUCGAUCAACAACUUGAGUUUGUUAAGGGCCAAAGUGACCUUUACCGAAUUGUGUACAGUCGUGUUGUCGAAGCAAUUGACAAGGAGUUGUUUGGCCAUGGGAUGAAAUUUGAAGAUAAUGGACCACAAAGACAUCCGGGUCCCAACUGA